AGAGCUUGUUUUUUGUUUUUGGUUUCUCUCUCUAGAGGAGAAGGCAGAGAAAGAGAGAGAGAGAAAUGGACUGCUCAGUCUGCAGCGCAUUUCCGGCGAUGUUGCGGCCGCCGCGGAAUACGAUUUGCGGGUCGUGCCACGACGGAGCAAAGCGUCUGAUGAAUUUGAUAGACCAUCUUCAACAUGAUAAAGCAAUUGCAAGUAAUAAUAAUGUUUCGUCUCAGCUUGGUCACUCCUGUAAGACUCUGGCGAACGCUUCGAAAUGGGUAACAGAGUUGAAAGAGCGAGAAGAAGAACUAGAACAAAAGAUCGAUUUUCUGGGCGAAUUCGUAGCCGCGUUCCGCCACCGGAUUCACACCGAUAUCCAACUGAAGGCUGGCUCCGCCGCGUCCCCUCCCGUUUCCGCUCACAGAGCCCUACUGGCAACAAGAUCCGAGAUCUUCAAAAACCUCCUCGAAUCGGACGGCUGCAAAGCCGCGCCGGUGGAAGCCAUCACGGUGCCGGAAAUGAGCCACGAGGAGCUGGAAUCUCUGCUGGAAUUCCUGUACGGCGGGAAUGUGGCGGAGGAGAGGCUGGAGAAGCACGUGUAUUCGCUGAGUCUCGCGGCGGACAAAUACGAGAUUGGGUAUCUGCAGAACUUCUGCGAGAGGUACAUGGUGAGAUCGCUGAAUUGCGGCAACGCUCUGGAUGUGGUGGAGGUAGCAGAUGUUUGCUCCCUGGGAGCGCUGAAGGAGACUGCCAUGGAUUUCAUCGUCAAAAACAUGGAGGAAAUCGUAUUCUCCUCUCGAUUUGAUGCGUUUGCGAUCAAGAAUCCGCAUCUUUCCGUCCAGAUUACUAGAGCUUCUUUAAUGGACGCCAAAAAAUAAAACACUCCCAAUUUCCCUUUUACUUAAUUAGUUUAUUAUUACUUUUUGGUUUUAUUGUGCUACUUAAUAUUGUAUCUAUAUGUUAUCCAUUUAUUAGAAGUAAAAUGAAAGAGAAGGAUGAUUUUUUAAA